CGGUCUUGUCCGGAGUGUCGCCUUGCUAUUUCGGCACCAACCUUUCCGACAGUACACCCCACACUCAAACGUAAAGCUUAAACCCACGGGACGCUCAUAAAUAGGCCCUUCGUUUCACUCUUCUAGCACCGUCUCAUCCCUUCCGCGCAUCUCCGUUCUCAGUAGCUUCUAUGGCCAUGGUCAUGGAUGUAAUGUGCAUUCUUCCACAGGAAAUCGUCGAUCACAUCAUCGACAGCAUUGGUGAUGAUCCAGAGACUCUUCAAGCUUGUGCUGUCGUUCGCCAGUCGUGGACCUCAGCGAGCCAACGUUCAUUAUUUCGACAUGUCCGGCUCACGAACCGGAGCCUGCUAGUACUAUUCCAGCAGGUCGUCUCAUCCUCACCACGUCUUGCGAAUUUCACGAAACACCUCGAUGUAGUCGACACAGCAACACGGCGAUCCCAGCAAUGGGUCAUAUCUUCGUCUAACCAGCUAUCGAUUUUGUUACCCCUACUCUCCAAUUUAAACAGUAUCACAUUCGACUUCAAUACCAUGCCUUGGCGAGAGGUGGUUCGAAUGGAAGAUGUCUUGCGCCAGGCAUUCCGCAUGCCAAAUCUCGUACACGCCACAUUGGAUGGAAUACGGGAGACAUUCACUUCCGUUUGGGCUCUCACACUAUUUGAAGGGUCGCUCGUCAAGACCAUUGACCUUCGGAAUAUUUAUGUCAGUCGUGAUUCACCAGAUCGGAGCCCAGAUUCACCCAAGAUUCGCUUACCAUCGGUCGAGUCCCUUUCGUUGGUAUGCCUUGGGAGUCUACGCGUACUAGACUCUCUUCGGGAGAUCACUUUUUCGGCUCUCCGGGAGUUAUCAGUUCUUGUAGAAUCUUGGGAUGAAGUUAUAGCCGUGUCCAAGAUAGCUGGGAGCCUCUCCCUCGAUACCCUUGCGCUACAUUGGGACACUCAGAGUUUUGCGGCGACUUCACACCUACCCUGAAUCCCAUACGACUCGGUCUUCUUCCCCAUAUACAUUUCCAGCCCUUUCCCCUGUCCUCCAAACCAUACGGUAUGUACGCCCCAUCGGAAGUGCCACUCUGGUGGGCGACAUACUUUCGUCAGGUCUCGGACAGCUUUCUACGGACCAUUACCGUGACUUUUCAUAAAAAGUCUGGGGUCUCCGAGUAUGAAUACGAUCAUGAUCAACGCCUUCUAGAACUUUCCAGCUGGAAUCAACUUGAUGCAGCUCUUUCGCCGACUCUUCGUCUUCGGGAUGUCAUUCUCAGUGAUGAAUGUUUGCAAUCUGA